UAACGUCAUUUCCGCCUCCUCCAUAGCAAAGCAAGAUGGCGGCCGUCGUAGAGAGAGUUGAUGGAUGUGUUGGGUCCUUGGACUCAGACGCGGUGUCACCCAGACAGUCCACCCCUCCACCGGACCAGCAGCACCAGAACAACCCGCUGUUAGGACUGCCUAUUGUUGCCAUCGAGACUAUUCUCAAUUUUCUGUCUUAUGAUGAAAUCAGCCUGCUGCGUUCGGUGUGUAAGCGCAUGGACAUGAUCUGCCAGCGAGUCCUGAAUCAGGGCUUCCUGAAGGUGGAGCGUUACCACAGUCUAUGCCAGAGGCAAGUCAAAGCCCAGCUGCCCAGGAGAGAGUCAGAGAGGAGAAACCAUUCGCUGGCCCGUCACGCUGAUAUCCUGGCUGCUGUGGAGACGCGCCUCUCGCUGCUCAACAUGACCUUCAUGAAAUACGUCGACUCCAACCUUUGCUGCUUCAUCCCUGGAAAGGUGAUAGAUGAGAUUUACCGUGUGCUGCGCUAUGUGAACUCUACUCGUGCCCCCCAGCGUGCUCAUGAGGUUCUGCAGGAGCUGAGGGACAUCUCCUCCAUGGCCAUGGAGUACUUUGAUGAGAAAAUCGUCCCCAUCCUGAAGAAGAAGCUGCCAGGGGCCGAUCUGUCUGGCCGCCUCAUUGGUUCUGCACCAGUUGCAGGUCCAUCUACCUCCCUGACCACCAUGUCCCUUCUGGCCAAGAACACGCCGUCACGCUCAGAGAUGACCAAGGUUCAGAAGCAGGUCAAGGGGAAUGGGGCAUCAAUGACAGUCAUCGAGGAAGAUGCAGGAAAUUCGUGUCAAGCAGCUGGAGCAGCAGAAGCAGCUGCAGGACCAGGAGCAGAAGCUGCUGGAACAGACCCAGGUGAUCGGCGAGCAGAAUGCCCGACUUGCCGAGCUGGAACACAAGCUCCGUGAACUGAUGGACAGUAGUGCUGCUGCUAUGGGAGGACCCCGGCCCAGCACGGCUGCCCCUUCCACAUCCAGCAGCACUGGCGUGUCUUCCGCUGUUGC